AUGUUAGUAUCGAUACGUCAAAAAUCGAAAACGUCAGCUGCAAUCGCUGCAACUUUACAAUACACGGAUAUAAAUAUAUAAAUUUAAACUAAAAAAUAUAAAAAUGUCAAGUAAAUCGUUUGAAAAUGAUAAAUAUUCAAUUUUAUUACCAACUUACAAUGAAGUUGAAAAUUUACCAAUAAUAAUAUGGCUCAUUGUUAAAUAUAUGGACGAAUUUGGUUCGCCUUAUGAGGUGAUAAUUAUUGACGACGGGUCUCCGGAUGGGACUCUGGAGGUAGCGCAGAAGCUCCAAAAGCUCUAUGGGGAAGACAAAAUUAUUCUGAGACCUCGAGAAAAAAAGCUGGGACUUGGUACAGCUUACAUUCACGGUAUCAAACAUGCAACGGGAAAUUUUAUAAUUAUUAUGGACGCAGAUUUAUCCCACCAUCCACAAUUUAUCCCGCCGAUGAUCGAAUUACAGAGAAAGAAAAACUACGACAUUGUUUCUGGUACUAGAUACAUAAACGGUGGUGGAGUUUAUGGUUGGGAUUUCAAAAGAAAACUUAUAAGCCGGGGUGCUAAUUUCAUAACUCAAAUCCUUUUGAGACCAGGAGUUAGUGAUUUAACUGGCAGCUUCAGAUUAUAUAAGAAAGAUGUAUUACAACGAUUGAUCGAAUCCUGUGUAUCCAAAGGCUACGUAUUUCAAAUGGAGAUGAUUGUAAGAGCGCGUCAAUUUAAUUAUACAAUCGGCGAAGUUCCCAUAUCAUUUGUCGAUCGAGUUUAUGGAGAAUCUAAAUUAGGUGGCUCUGAAAUAAUCCAAUUUAUCAAAGGCCUCGUUUAUCUUUUUGCUACGACCUAAAAAAAUAAUUUAUACUCAACAAAAAUACCAAUGAAAAUAUAAGUUUAAAUACAUUCCGCCAUUUGUAUAUAAUUGUUGUAAAUUUUUACAAUUUUUCGUAAUAAAAAAUUGCACGUGAAUUUUAA